CCGCCGGGCGCGAGGAGCGUCUGGAGCCGCAUCCACUUUCAGGAAGUGGCCUCUGGAAAACUUCGUGUUAUCUUCCUGGCAACUGGAGCCAGUGCCCAGUAAACGCUCCCACGUCCGCUCUGUUAAUGAUUUGUUGACACCAACACUGGUACUGUUCGGUUAACAGAGCUGGGAACAAUGGAUAUCGACGCAGUCUUCCACACCAAUCACAGUGGAAUCGUGACCACUAAUCCCCUGCUGGACCAGCUGCCCAGCUACCAGUCGCUCCUGUACCGCAGGAAGGUGGCGACUGAUGGAAGCAAGCGCAGAGGCAGCGCCAGGUCGCGGCUCAGCUCCUCGAGCAGUCUGAAACGGGACGCGAGCACCUUCAGCCGACAGGACAAACAGAAGGUGCAGACGCUGCAGAGACCCGCCCGGGAACUCCCCAAGACCAUGGAGGAGAAACGCGCACACAAGAAACAGAUGGAUGCGGCUCACCAGCUCAGCAGCUGGGGACAGUGGAGCCAAAACACUCGCCGGUGUUUGAAGAGGCUCAAGGAUGAAGCUCGCGCGUCCAUGAAGUCCAUGCAGCUGUGGAGGGGAGACAUCCACCUGAUAGAGGGGAGGUUUGGUACAGGGAUCCAGUCCUACUUCUUCUUCCUGCGCUUCCUGGUCAUGCUCAACUUCAUCAUCUUCCUGCUCAUGUUCAGCUUUGUCAUGUUGCCCAUCAUCGUUGCCCCACAUGCUUCUGGCAAUAGCACCUACAGUCAGAGUAACGAUAGUGUGUGCGCUGUGUAUCCAAGCAGCACUCGCCGAGGUCUUGUCCUUUUCCGCGAGCAGCUUACGGAUAUGCUGUCUGGAGAGGGCUUUCUGGAGCAGACCUAUCUUUUCUACGGCUACUACACUGUGGACAGAAUCCACUUUGCAUACAUCAUUUACAAUCUACCCCUGGCGUACCUGUUGGCCACUAUAGGCUACCUGAUCGUCAGCCUCAUCUGGAUUGUUAAAAGGUCUGCCACGGGUUUCAAAGAUAACAUGGUUCAGGAUGAGGAUCGCUUCCAGAGUUUUUGCAACAAGAUCUUUGCUGGCUGGGAUUUCUGUAUCACUAACAAGAAUGCUGCAGGGCUGAAGAAAAAGAGCCUGUCCUACGAGCUCAAGACGGAUUUAGAAGAGGAGAGGAUGAAGCAGAAAAAAGCAGAUCGCACACGCAGAGAGCGCUGUCGCAUUUACCUCAUCCGCGUCAUCCUCAACGUCUUUGUCGUUGGUGUCCUGUGCGGUUGCUUCUACAGCAUCUAUGCAGCCACCAGCUACUCCCAGCAGGCACAGAUGUCCACUGUGAAGGGGAAUUCUUUUAUGGAUCUGCUCAUUGAGUAUCUGCCCUCAAUCGUUAUCACCAUGGCCAACUUCAUUACUCCUCUCCUCUUCGCAAUCAUCAUCAAUUAUGAGGACUACUCACCUGCCUUCGAGAUCCGCUUCACCCUCAUGAGGUGUGUCUUCAUGCGGCUGGCCAGCAUUGGGGUUCUGCUGUUUUCUCUCUGGUCUCGGAUCACUACAUGUAAUGAUAAAACCUGCAUCUGUGGCUAUAACCAUCAACAGUACUCUUGUUGGGAGACCCGUGUUGGUCAGGAGAUGUACAAACUCGCCAUAUUUGACUUCCUCAUCAUCGCAGCAGUCGCGCUCUUCAUUGAGUUUCCCCGAAAGCUGCUGGUGGAUUACUGUAACUGCGGCCUGGUCAAGUGGUGGGGCUAUCAGGAGUUUGCCAUUCCUCAAAAUGUGUUGGAGAUCGUCUACGGUCAGACCAUCUGCUGGAUCGGCACGUUCUACAGCCCGCUGCUGCCUGCCAUCUGCACCAUAAAAUACAUUUUUAUCUUUUACAUCAAAAAGGUGUCGUUAAUGAAAAACUGCCGUCCAGCCACGCGUCCAUUCCGGGCGUCCAGCUCCAACUUCUUCUUCCUCGGCGUGCUGCUGAUCGGCCUCUCUCUGGCCUCAGUGCCUGUUGUUUUUAGCAUAGCACAAAUUAACAGUUCUAAGGCAUGUGGACCCUUUGUUAACUACACCACCUCCUGGGAAGCGCUGACAAGCACUGUGUCCCAGCUGCCCAGUGGAAUCAGGGGACUCCUCUAUAUUCUGUCAUCAGAAGUUGUUGCUGUUUCCCUCUUUGUUAUUACAUGUUUGGGCAUGUUUUAUGUGAUCGCACUCGCUGGAGCUCACAAGAGAGUUAUUAAUCAACUACGAGAGCAACUAGCCAUGGAGGUUCGUGACAAACAUUUUCUGAUGGCCAAGGCCCAGAGUCUCUCCGGUGCCAAACCUCCACAUUUCAAAUCUAAGUCACGCAGCAGGAGCGGAGGCAGCCCCAGCUACCACACCAGCUUCACGAGCAACUUCAGUGAAGCUGUGUCCCUAGUACACCCACCUCCUCACUCCUCCUCGCACGUGUGAGACAGGGACUGCAUUUCUCAAACCACAAACCAGAUGCAAUACUGGACAAAUGCACUGGGGUGGAUUAAUUGGUGAAUUCAUAUCACUUUUACUGUUGUAUAAACACAAACGCAGGAGCUUUUAUGAACUUGUUUUCCCUUUUCAGUGUUCUUUUUCUAAUUAUGUUAAGAACCAAAAAGUGCUCAUUUUCCAAACAAAAUAACUGUAGCUCUUAAAAUGUGUUUUGCGUUUCUUUUUCUACUGUACGUCUUGUCCUUCUGGGAAGGACUUGCAUUAUCUCUGGAAUUUGAGAAAUCUUAAUCUCUAUGCACUUUAAAGAUAUUACCACUAGCACAUUUUCAUUUCUCCGAUUGUGCUAUACACUUAUCAAAUGUCUUGUGUUUUUUAAAAGUAACAUUUAUAUCACGUGAGUUAACUAUAAGCUUGUAUGAUAAUGCAGAAAUAAUGCAGACUAGACUGUUACAUGCUGUCUUUUAUGUCACUCAGGUUUUAAAAACUUUUUGGUUGGUGGUGCUGUGUUACUAGAGUAUUAUAAAUGCUUUUUGGGGUUGUUUUGGUGUUUUCAUCUGUCAUAGUUAUGUUUAUAUGCGUGAGGUGGCUGCCGUUAACAAGUAACAUAGAAAAUAAAUGUUCAAAUAAG